AUGAACAUAUCGACAAGCACAACCCAAUCGACGAUUCAGUUCGCACCGUUAUGGAUACCUCGAACGUUCACGAUCACCUGCUGCCACGGUGCACAUCCAGUCCCUCAAAACGCUCAUUUAGUCAAAAACUGGACCGAGUUGAAGUCGGAUUAUGUGAUUGACUAUGUAAAUACAGAUGGUCACACUCCAACUCGACAACAUGCCAAUCGUAAUACGGGUGAUUCAACUAGUCAUGUUAUCAGUGAUACUGAUAAUGAUAUGGAAAAUAAUAAUAACAAUAAAUAUAAUAAUGAGGAUGGUUGUGUUGUAUAUGAGGGUAAUUAUUUGCUAUCAGCAUCAGCUUUGUUCAAUAUAAAUGGUAUCAAUUCGUUUGGAGUGAAGUGCGCAUGCGAAGGAGUGGAUGGUGGGUAUGCAUCCACACAGCAGUUCGAUAAGAACUGUCGCCGUCUAGCAGCAUGCCUCAAUCAUGGCUAUCGAUCAUAUCCUCAUCCAGUCAACGGUAUCGCCCACUGCAUUUGUCCUGAGCCGUAUUUUGGAGAGUUUUGCGAGAAAUUUUGUGAUCAAGGACAACGGAUGAAAGGCGCUGAUGGACGAGAUUACUGUGGCUGUGUACCGUUCUACCAGGGUGAGGAGUGUCGAGAAAUGGUCUGUCUGAACGGCGGUACUGAAAUGAAGCAACGGUGCGUAUGCCCCCCGAACUUUUUGGGUUAUCACUGCGAAAUCGACACUAAUCGUACCUCGGCUACUUCCAGAUUUCAGCGAUACGGUGAUCAGGAGAUAAUUCAAGGAAACGAAUUAUUCACACGAGACAUAUCUGGUACGAUAUUCAGUCUGAUUAUGAUCAUUGUUUUGGUGGUUUCAAUGUAUUUGUUAAUGAAACAUCGAAUGCAGGUUCAAAACCGGAUAACAACACUGCGACGUGAGGAUUUAAUACGAUCAACGCAUGCGGCCACGAUAAGUACACGACGAGCGAAUGAGAUGCUUUCAUGUGAGGAUACACGAACCAUCCUAUCGUUCCGGGCCGCACCGCUCUACGAUAAUGGCCCUCCACCGUAUGUUCUGCACCCGAAUAGAGCACGAUUCCGACACGACGAUCGUCUUCCGGCAUUGCCAAGCUAUGAGGAUGCUACCAAACUGCCACCGCUUUCCAGAACGAACUUAGUUUUAUCACCAGUGCAGCGAGACGAGUCACAACAAGACAGUGGCAAUGAACAAACUCAAGUAGUAGAACAUCAAUCAAGGAGUACCGUCAGUGAAGCGAAUGAAGCAAACGAAACUAGUCCCUGUCGAUCAACGACACAACAACGCGAGCAGCAUACAGCGCAUCAUGCUUCAUCGCAAUCAGUAUGCACAAACGAGCGACGAAGUCCGUCUUGUUCACAUGAAUCCAAACCUGAAAUGGAAUCCAUCCAUCCCAAGACCCCAACUCCAUCCCGUCCUCAACCUGAAUCGGAAUCAAUAAGUGCCUCUCCAGCCUCAGGCUCAAACUCGCCCCAAGUCUCAACCAGAUGUGAUGAUUCGUCAGAAGUUGCGCCUGCUCCGUUUUCAGUUGAAACAAUCACGAGUGAAACGAAUAAAUUGGAUAGAAAUGUGAAAUCGAGGAGAAGUAUUUGA